CCCGCCCCUCAGUAACCCCUUGGUGGCGUCUGGAGGACCAAGCGGGAGUAAAUCAUGGGUCUGCUCUCAAUCUUGCGCAAGCUGAAGAGUGCCCCAGACCAGGAGGUGCGCAUUCUGCUGCUGGGGCUGGACAAUGGGGGCAAGACCACCCUCCUCAAGCAGCUAGCCUCUGAGGACAUCAGCCACAUCACCCCAACGCAGGGCUUCAACAUCAAGAGCGUGCAGUCUCAGGGCUUCAAACUGAAUGUCUGGGACAUCGGAGGACAGAGGAAGAUCCGGCCAUACUGGAGGAACUACUUUGAGAACACAGAUGUCCUUAUCUACGUUAUUGACAGCGCGGACCGGAAGAGAUUUGAAGAAACAGGACAGGAGCUGGCCGAGCUGCUGGAUGAGGAGAAGCUCAGUGGGGUCCCGGUGCUGAUCUUCGCCAACAAGCAGGACCUCCUGACGGCUGCACCGGCCUCUGAGAUCUCGGAAGGCCUGAAUCUACACACCAUCCGGGACCGCAUCUGGCAGAUCCAGUCCUGCUCCGCCCUCACUGGGGAGGGUGUCCAGGAUGGCAUGAACUGGGUCUGCCAAAAUGUCAAUGGCAAGAGGAAAUAAGGCUCCCCUCUGCUUAGCGUCCAAGUCCACCCCCAAACGAAUGUACAGCCGAGGAAAAUGACAAGAGCACAAGGAAGCCAAACCAACUGGACCAGGUGGGGCAGAGUGUGCCCACCAAUUACCAUGCCCCAGACCCAGAGAGCCCAGCAACUGCCCCUAACAAAUCCACGCUUCCUCCCUCCUCAUUGUCCCAGGCAGGGGUUGCUGCAGACUUCUGCAGUUCACUCCCAUCCAGGGUUCCAGUCCUUUCCCCAAUAGCAGUGUCCUCUUUUUCUGCACCCGUCAGGCAGCAACAGGUCACAUGGUUGGAGUGAGUGACAGGGGCCCUGGUAACAGCUUUAGCUGGCUAAAGCAGGUGGCUGUGUUAGAGGGUGAGUGCUGCAUUGCAUGCUGUCAGUGCAUGUGGGGGAGUGGGGUCACCAGCAGCACCAAGUCUCUAUACAUUACAGGAGUUGGUGGAGCUUGGUUAGAGUGGGCGGGACUGAGAGGCAGUGGGUGGAGCUGGAUCCGUGCUCCUCUCUAUCAGAAAGACCACCUGUGAUUAUUCAGCACUCAAUGUCUGUGGUGAUGAUGUGGCCCAAUCGGAGGACUCAUUCCCAGUGGCCUUAGAGCACAAAACUGAGGAAGGAUUGUCCUUUCAAAGCCCUUACUUGGUAGCUUCAUUUUUUUCCUGCUGUUUUUAAGCUCUGUGUAUGUAGAUCAUAGAUGCAGUGAUUAUUCUGACAGUUUCUGAUGUGCAGUAUGGUACUCUGCAACACCACAUUUUUGUGUAAAUCUGAUGUAAAUAUAUUCCAGUUUAUAAAGGGACAUUUAAAUCAGCAUUACUAGAGAGGAACCUAUCAUCUCUGAAACUUGGUCAGACCUUUAUUUUAGCAGAUUUCCUGAUCCGUGCCCAUUAAUAUCAAAGGUCAGCAAGGUUAAUUAAUAACAGGACCUCUCCAUGAAAAUAACACAUGUACACAACUAAAGUAGAUCUGCACAGUGGCGUGAGGGUAUUCACAGCUGCAGUGCAGCAAAUGCGUUAAAACAGUGUUUUUUUUUGUUUUUUUUAAAUACAGCACUGUUACUGCUCACAUUCCCUGUGCAGACUCACAUUUCUCAUCAGAUUAACAGGAGGUCAACAGAAGAUCACGUCCUUGCCGCUGGUGAUUUCCACCAAAAUUACCCAGAGCCUCGGUUCUCUGCAGCGACCACUGAAUAAGCCCAGAUACAACUGCUACAGGUGUGCAGCCGUAUUGGAAAGUGGAUGAAAUUAAAUCAGCCCUUGAUGAGGUAAACAAGUUCUUGAAUAAAACACCUUGUCCUCCAGAGGCAAUCUACAGAAGGACAAAAACAAAACAAGAAAAAGCCUAAUGCUUUUUCUUCGGGUAAUUGUAAUUUGGUUUACUUCUUAUCAGCUAACCUUCAGGGAUAUUUGUUUCAGCUGCAGUGUAACAUUAUCUUAGCAAUCUUUAGCUUGUGUUUUUGGGGCACAAUGGUCAAGCGUUUUAUGUUGGUACACAAUAAAUAUUGAUUCCAUUGUUCUAAGUGAAUUUUACAACAAAUGGGCUAUGUCUUACUCCCAACUUUAGCGUUCCUCUUCAUUUUGAGUUAUGUUUACCCUUGUGGAAAGAGAAUGUCAGCUGUGAUGUCAUUGUUGGCAUACCAACGGUACCAUCUCUCCUCCUCCCAUAAAGAGCCAGCUAAACACCAAUGCUCCUACGUCCUUGCUCAAAACGCCUCCAGGCUGAAAGCACUCUCAGUGAAUGCCAGCCAGCAUUAUCAAUUGCGUGCGUCUUUUCCUUGAGUAUAUCAGCAGCAAAAGUUCACUCUUUUCACCAAGAAAACAAAAACAAACAAAAAGAGCUUUUGUGUCCAUCUGUGCCCCCCCCUUGCCACCCCUUUUC